UCCCCCGUCCGUCAUCUUUCUGUCUCCUUAAAAUUUCCAAGCACACAUCUUCAUAUUUCCAUUGGCUUUGAUUCUGCAGAAAUAUUGCUCUUCUUUGCACGGGAGAGACAUGGCCAUAUAGAAAAACCCUCUGAAAGCUCUUCACUCGAUCCACGGAGUUACGUGUAGGGUGAGCUUUAUUCUUUUUCUCAUUUUCUUUUUUGUGGGAUAAGGAGCUGCAUAGUGCAUAUACAUUCCGGAGCAAGGAGGGAAAUUCACACUUCGCAUGUAUACAAUCAUAGGUGUGGACGUUCAGUUAUGUUUGUGAUUUCUUAGUCUUAGCUGGCAGAGUCAGCUGGCUGGUCGUUUCCAAUAGAGUUCUUGAUAUAUGGCUUGGAGUCUGCAGAUAUAACUGUUAAUACCAAUAUAUCUUUGUGAAGAGUAUUGAGUUUUGUUGGGACCAUGCCUCGUAAGGUGAAUUAUGAACUUGAUUAUGAUGAUGAUUACGAUGACUAUGAAGACUAUGAAUAUGAUGUUGAAAUAGAAGAACAUGGAGAAAGACCUGAACCUAACAAAAAACAAGAGGCCAAAAGACUUUGGAGAUGCUCUAUUUGCACUUACGACAACGAAGAGGGCAUGAAUGUAUGUGAUAUCUGUGGUGUUGUGCGUCAUCCUUUGGUUAACGUAGGAGCUUCUGACAAUAACAAAACAGUUAAAGGCAUAUGCAAAAAUUCUGGAGUAUCCAAAUUGGCCAAGUCUCUUUUUGCAUCACUGCCACAACCGUUGCCCAAAGAGGGCUUGUUAUUUCUUAAGAAGGAUGAUGGCUUUCUGACAGAAGAUGGCAAUAGCUACAAGCUUGGGAAUGCCCAAGGAGAAUUUUAUGAAUUUCAUAAGUCUUUUAUUACUCAAAGACAUCACCAUCUAAACAUAGCCCCUUUCAAGUUUGAUGUUCCAUCCCCAGAUGAUGUAGUUUCUACUGGACUGCAGUCUUCCAAAAUGGGAUUGAAAGGCACAGUUACUGACGCUAAAAGUUCUCGCGUUCCAUCCAGUAUUACACAGAAUAAUGAACUGAAAGUGCAGUCAAAUGGUGAAAGUUUUGAUUACUCAUCAUCUUUGGUUCAGAAGGGCAGACAGGAUAGUUUUGCUGAGAGCAAGCCUUCUAGAGACGUGGCAUUUAAUCUGAAAACAAGUAAUAAAACUUCAGGCAGCUUGCCAGCAUCUUCUGCAAAGGGCAAAGGUAAAAUGAGUGAAAUCAAGUCUUCCAAUGAUCGCAAAAUUGACAUUCAAUCCAGUGAAGAAUUGUCAGAUAGUUUGUCUGCACUGAUGAAAGUUGGAGACAGUGGUAGUGAAAUUUAUUGCUCUUCUAGCAAAGAUGUCAGACCUGAAAGUAGUUCUGAGAACAUGGCUGUUGAUGUAAGAACUAGAAAGUCAGAUAAUACUAUUUCUAAAAGAUCUCAUCCACAAAUGCCUUACAAACCAGAAGAAUGGGUGCUCCCUCAACAAGAUGAAGAUACAUUGACGCAGUUGAAUCUUGCAGUUGUUGGUCAUGUUGAUUCUGGGAAGUCAACGCUCUCAGGUAGACUAUUACACUUGUUGGGACGAAUUACUCAAAAAGAAAUGCACAAAUAUGAAAAGGAGUCCAAAUUACAGGGUAAAGGAUCCUUUGCCUAUGCUUGGGCACUGGAUGAAAGUUCUGAAGAAAGGGAAAGGGGAAUAACUAUGACAGUUGCUGUUGCAUAUUUUGACACUAAGAAAUAUCAUGUCGUUGUGCUUGACUCCCCGGGCCAUAAAGAUUUUGUUCCAAACAUGAUUUCUGGGGCAACACAAGCUGAUGCUGCAAUUCUUGUUAUUGAUGCAUCAGUUGGUGCAUAUGAAGCAGGCAUGGAUAGUAGCAAAGGACAAACAAGGGAGCAUGCACAGCUUAUCAGAAGUUUUGGUGUUGGCCAGGUUAUUGUUGCAAUAAAUAAGAUGGAUGCUGUGGGAUACUCUAAAGAUCGGUUUGAGUUAAUUAGACAUCAAUUGGGAGUGUUUCUUCGGACAUGUGGUUUUAAAGACUCUUCAAUAUCAUGGAUUCCCUUAAGUGUCAUAGAAAAUCAAAAUUUGGUGUCAUCUCCUUCUGAUGUUCGUUUCAAAUCCUGGUAUAAAGGACCCUAUCUGUUAGAUGCUAUUGAUUCGCUCCAACCUCCAACUAGAGAAUUAUCAAAGCCUCUACUAAUGCCAAUAUGUGAUGUUAUCAAGUCACCCACGCUUGGACAGGUCUCUGCUUGUGGUAAAUUAGAAGCUGGAGCUCUUCGGAUUGGAUCAAAGGUCUUAGUUAUGCCUUCAGCUGUUUUGGGGACAGUUCGCGCAUUGGAGCGUGAUUCUAAUGCCUGCACUAUUGCAAGAGCUGGAGAUAAUGUAGCUGUCACGUUGAAUGGUGUAGAUGCAAGUCAUGUAAUGUCAGGAGGAGUAUUAUGCCACCCUGAUUUUCCUGUUGCAAUUGCAAGUCAUUUGGAGUUGAAGGUGCUUGUGUUGGAAGGUGCAAAUCCCAUAUUGGUAGGAUCGCAGUUAGAGUUUCAUAUACACCACGCCAAAGAGCCUGCUAAAGUGUCAAGCAUAUUGUCAGUACUUGAUCCAAAGACUGGGAAGGUGACAAAAAAGUCCCCUCGCUGUCUCAUUGCAAAGCAGAGUGCGGUAGUUGAGGUAAUUUUGCAAGAGCCAGUCUGUGUGGUAGAAUCAUCUAUCUGUAAAGCUCUUGGAAGGGUGUCUCUAAGAGCAUUAGGAAGAACAAUUGCUGUUGGACUUGUUACCCGAAUAAUUGGAGAGCAAGAUUAAUCUACGAAAUUACUGAGGCUUUAGUAAUCAUUUUGGCAGCUGUAUGAUUAUUGGAUGGGUUCAUGAGCCACUAUAAAAACUGGAAACUACACGAGAAUGGUGAAGAUUUUUGAGUGCUUUUCACCAUAAAUUAAUGUAUCAUAAAAGAGCAGUCUCCCUUGAUACCUCGGGAUCAUGUAUUGUAGCGAACAAGUUUUGUGAAUUAGAUAAACAGUGCAAGUUUCUUCA